CUCCACUGGUCGGUCCUCCUACGUAGUACGAUCUCAGACUCAGAGCAAGUGUGCCGGCCGGGGAGGAGACAUGGCGGACUGGGCCCCGGUGUUCAUCGCGCUGGUGCUCUUCGUCCUCCUCUCGCCGGGGCUGCUCUUCCAGGUCCCGGGCAAGAACAGGUUCCUGGAGUUCGGCAACAAGCAGACCAGCGGCGUCUCCGUGCUCUUCCACGCCGUCAUCUACUUCGCCCUCAUCGCCAUCUUCACCCUCGCCGUCCGCGUCCACGUCAUCCUUGGUUGACAGGCAUGGCAGACGCCGGAAACCACAGUUUGAAUUUUCAUGUACACUACUACUACUUGUGAUGAUCCGCUGUGUGCGAUCUUUAAUGUCUCUUAACACGAACUAGAGGAACAGUCGUGGCCCGGUUAUAGCUUUGUUUGGCCUUUUCUUGUUGCAGGGGUAUGUUGUCAAAUGCAAGAAGCAUCCUUGCUUGUAAUGGCGUAGUAAUUGAUAUUGCAACAUCAUUUGUGUGACUUGUGCCCAAUUUUUUUUUUUGCGAGGGGUGACUUGUGCCUAAUUGAUAUUACAAUGUUGCAAUCCGGAGCACCCAUUUUCUGUAUGUGCCAUCUGACACCUAGUCCAGUUCGAUAUUUCCAAGCAAAAAUAAAUAAAUCUAGUGUGAUACUGUAUGUCAUGCCAUGUAUUUCAAACCUUGUAGACUCAUUGUUUCAGUUGUUAGAAUAAAUCCAAGGUACGCGGUCGAUCCAUCGAGGAACAAGCAUGAUGACACCGAGAUUUGUUAACGAGGUUCGGCGAACUCGCCUACUCCCUGGGGCAAUGACUACGGGCGCUCCUCCCCGAGAUACUGCAACACCGGCCACCCGGGCGCCGGCACAAGCCGCCAACAUCCCCUUGCGAGCCUGUCGCUAUCUAGUCGCCAUGGGUUACAACGUGGGGUGCCU